GGACAGUGCAUCAACUGGCAGGGCCGUCGAGCUUGCCUUUUUUUAAAAAGUCUUUCUCAUCCCAGUCACCGGUCGACUGACGGCAAAAAUGGGCUCAAUUAAGAGCAAGAGGGACAUGAAAGAUGUCGCGCUGUGAGGUGGUAGAGGCGACUUAUUAAAACAGCAGGAAGAAGCUCUUGGACUUGGGCCCAAUAGGAUCUAACCCUGUAGCGCACUGACCGGAUUUGGAGAAAGUUGGAUUUAUUUGAUUGGGUGCUUUGGAUUGUGUGUCUGGUGAACGACUUUAGUCCGUCUGAGAGCUCUGAUUGGAGUCAGUUUCUUAACAGAAAAACAAAAGAGAGACUUUCUCUCAAACUGCAGCGCAUUGAAGAUGGAAAUGCAGGGCCGAUUUAUUGACUCCACGGUGAUGAACAUUAAUGUUAUAGAGUAUCCCCACAAAUAUGCUUUAGCACCAAAGCAGCAGGUGGAUGCUGCUCCAUCCUGUCCAAUCAGCCAAAGGCAGUUAAACGAGCCUUCCUGGAGCCGGGAAGCGGAGGACGGUGUACGCACUGCUCAGGUGGCGAUGUGCUCGCCGAGAUACUACAGCCGCGGGGCCCGGGGGAACACGAAGGCCAAGCGGAGGAGGAUCAUCACGGUGGUCCAGCGGCAGGCGGCCAAUGUGCGGGAGAGAAAGCGAAUGUUCAGUCUGAAUGAGGCGUUUGACGAACUAAGGAGAAAAGUUCCUACAUUCGCAUACGAGAAGAGGCUGUCCCGUAUCGAGACGCUGCGUCUGGCCAUCGUCUACAUCUCCUUCAUGAUGGACCUGCUGGAGAACACCUGAGACACAACAGCUCAGCUUUAUCUAUGGCAGACUGAACUAGACUGAAGGCGCCACUCAACCCACCAAUGACACGGACAUAAAUGAGCAGCUGACUUUCCGUGUAUGG